AUGUUUCGGCUGCUGACGGUGAGCCGCCGGUUGCUCCGGACCGGGACCCUGAACCCUGCGGGGCCUCGGCGCUUUACUGUUUCGGCCGUCAUGGCCGCCGACGGCACACUCCCUCUUGAAGGGUACCGGGUCCUGGACAUGACCCGAGUCCUUGCUGGCCCAUAUUGCACCCAAAUUUUAGGUGACCUGGGCGCCGAGGUCAUCAAAAUUGAGCAUCCCAUCCGUGGUGAUGAUACUCGUGCUUGGGGCCCUCCCUAUGCCCCAUACAAAUCGAGCUCAGCACAUCAGGGCCCUGGGGAAUCUGCUUACUUUCUAGGUGUCAACCGGAACAAGAAAUCACUGGCGUUGUCGUUUCAGGACCCCGCUGGCGUUGAGAUCCUCCACAAACUAGCGGCUAAAUGUGAUAUCCUUGUUGAGAACUACAUCCCCGGAUCUCUCAAGAAGUAUGGCCUUGACUAUGAGACCAUCCAUAAGAUUAAUCCGUCUCUAGUUUAUGCUUCAAUCACGGGUUAUGGACAGACGGGGCCGUACUCCCAGAGAGCUGGAUACGAUGUCAUGGUUGAGGCCGAGUUUGGCUUGAUGCACAUCACCGGCACCAGAGAUGGACCUCCGGUGAAGGUUGGCGUUGCCGUAACAGACCUCACCACAGGUCUGUAUACGUGCACCAGUAUCAUGGCAGCAUUGAUUGCCCGUGCAAAAACCGGAAAGGGUCAACACAUUGACGCUGCUCUGAGCGACUGCCAAACAGUGACCCUCGCAAACAUCGCCAGCAGUUGCUUGAUCAGCGGAGAGAAGGAUACUGGCCGCUGGGGGACAGCUCAUCCUUCAAUUGUCCCGUACCGGGCCUUCAAAACCAAAGAUGGCGACGUCCUGUUUGGUGGUGGUAAUGAUCGAUUGUUCGGCAUCCUCUGCGACGGACUAGGAUGCCCUGAGUGGAAGGAUGACCCAAGAUAUAAGACUAAUGCUUUGCGGGUGGCCAACCGUGACGAGCUUGAGACCGAGAUCGAGAAAAUCACUGUGACCAAGACGACUCAGGAAUGGCUAGAGGUGUUCGAAGGCAAGGGAAUGCCGUACGCCGCAGUCAACGAUAUCCAGGGGACAUUGAACCAUGAGCAUACCAAAGCCCGGAACAUGGUGACUGAGGUUGAACAUCCCGAAUGCGGACCUAUCAAGCUUCUCAACUCACCCAUCAAAUUCUCGGAAACUAAGCCCAAGAUCAGAAGUCCUCCGCCGACUUUAGGUCAACAUACGGACGAGAUCUUACGGGAACAUCUGGGUAUGAGCGAGCAUGAAAUAAAGUCUCUAAGGGACCGGGGCAUCAUUAGAUCCAAAGGUCAGACAAUGGCGGAUUCUGGGACCUCGAAAGACUCUUCUAAAAGCGAUGGAGGACACUCGGUCAAGGACACGGCUUCUACAUCAGCCGGGGCCAGGGCGUCCGAGGCGGAGACGGAGCCAAAGCCGGCCGUUACUCCAACUCCUCCAUCUUCCAUACCUCCUACCCGCCCUCCAUAUAUCCCUCAGUUUACAGCAGCCACUCAGAUGAUUCUAUCGCGUUUGAAGGGCGAACCAAGCAGCCUUAGCACCGCUCUGUCACAAGCUGCGCGGUCUCCGUCCGUAACAAGCGCCAUUUCCACAUCCUCCUAUGAGGACGUGAAGCGAAGACUAGUGAUGAGCAUGAACACCUCGACAUCCCUGACAAUGAAGAUGCCUAGUUCAUCCUCAACUCAAUCAAUGCCUGCCACUCUUCCCAUGCCUUCGGCUAUGACUGUAUCAACUACUCCAACGACGACGACGACGACGACGACGAUGAUGACUACUACUACUACUGCUGCUGCUGCUGCUGCUGUCAACAGUACCUCGGCUACAACAACGAUUGGUCCAGCCCGAUCGUCCAUAAGUACUGCCGGAAUGAGUGCAAUUAGAAAGGUUCAGGCGGGUCUGACAAGCAUAACUAAGAGUCCAGUUGCAAAAGUUGCUCAAAACAAGACUGCUCCAAUGGAGAGCAAAAUCAAGAAGCUCAAGACAUCAGCAAUAGUACCUCGUGGGGUUGGUAGCAAGCGCAAGCGCGCUAGGAAUAAAGAUGACGACGACGACGAUGAUGAUGCCAGCAGUGCGUCAAGCUUCAGCGAGCAGUCCGGCUCCGAAGCCCCAAUUGAUGGCGCUAGUCAAUCGAUGCCUCUUACCACUACUAAGUCUGGCCGCAGUGUUAUGAAGCCGGACUCCUACAACCCAGCGGCCAUGGAGGCUGCCAGCAAGAAGCGCGCCAACUAUGGCAAGCGGACUACCGAGCAAGCACUCUGCAAGAAUUGUACCCGCAUGUACAGCCCCGCUGGUAACCGGAUGGUCUUCUGCGACGGCUGCAAUGAUGGCUGGCAUCAGUUGUGUCAUGACCCCUGGAUCCAGGACGAUGUAGUAGGCGAUCAGGCCAGGGGCUGGUUUUGCUCAGCAUGCACUACCAAGCGGCACCAACAGCAACAACAACAGCAGCAGCAGCAGCCGCAACAGCAGCCCCAACCUAAGCGGCAAAAGACUGACCCCCGUCCAGCAAGGGAAAGCUGGGCUUCUCGGCCACCUCAACAGAAGCGUGCAUACUUAUCGACCCUUUCUCAACAGGAACUGGUCUCCCUGCUCAUGCUUGCUCUUGAGAUGCACCCAGACUUGCCCAUUUUCCCCGCGUCUCCUUCUGGGGCUGGUGCUGCAAGCAGUCACGGCACGGCUGGCCAAGCACCCCGGUCUCUGUUCGCCGGGACCAGCACCGACGGUCUUUUCUCUCGUGCUGAGGCGCAUCCGACAGGACAGAUCAAUUAUGUCCGGAAAAUUAGUAACGCCAAUGGCAACGGGAACGGUAAAGGGCGCGGCUCAGCCAACGGGACGAAGAAGGAGAAGGAGGAGACGCCGAGAUUGGAAGAAGAGGAGGGGUUUGACCCUCUCGCUGCUCUGUGGCCCAAGCCGGGCAUGGGUUUGUACCGGCAGCUGCCGCCGGAUACGGAGGACAAUGAUAGACUUGUGGAUCAAGGCGAUUUCGAGGCAUUUAGUAGUAUCAUCUUUGAUGAUAGGGGAAGGAAGGUUGAGGAAAAUGGGAUGCCGGUGUGA